AUGCAUGGUCUUCAUUUGUCCCGCUUCUUUUCAGGGCGACCGCCACCCCCUCCCAUCCAGGAGCUAAAUGCCUUGUUACAUGAAGAGCCGUAUGCAACGAUUGCCUAUUGUAUUUUUUGGGCUAUGCUGCUUUCCAUCGGAGCUCCCAUUGCAAUGAUUGUGUUGGCUGUGAUGCUUCCCUUGCAUCUGCUGAAGUAUUAUUGCUUUGAUCACCGUAUUCUUCCCAUCAAAUCGGAACAUAAAGAACUUGCUGUUGUCAUUACGGGUUGUGAUAGUGGUUUUGGAAAAGAACUGUCUUUUCGAUUGGCGGCGGAAGGAUUUCAUGUCUUUGCUGGCAUUUUGAAGCCUUCUUCCAAAGACCUUUUCCGUGGAGAAGCCUUGAUCCAGCCGAUGGUAUUGGAUGUGACGAACGAAAACGAUAUUAAACAUGCCUAUGAGAAAGUUUCCAAAUGGAUGAAAGCAGGAGACAAGCAACGAUGUUUACAUUCUCUUGUCAACAAUGCUGGGCUUGGACGCUUUGGAUUGAUAGAUUGGAUCACAAUGGAUGACUAUGAGAUUUGCAUGAAAGUAAAUUGCUAUGGUCCCAUUCGAAUGGUCAAAGCUUUUUUACCAAUACUGAAAGAUCAAGCCAUUCAAGGCUCUCAUACGCAAAGCCAGAUUGUCAACAUGGUAUCGUGCGCUGGAAUGGCUUCGGCCAGCGGAUUGGGUGGCACCCCCUACGAAGUCUCCAAGCAUGCCGCCGAAGCCUUUACGGAUUCUCUCCGAUUGGAAAUGAAAACUUUUGGUAUCAAGGUGAUAGCUGUCAAUCCAUCCUUUCAUUCCACUGAUAUGGUGGACAGCACCGACGAACUCUUGGACCCCGAGAACAUGUGGAAUGGCCUUUCCAAGACUCAUCAAGAGGAAUACGGUAAGACCUUUGUUGAUAAGCUUUGUGUCCACACUCGAACCGUGAUACGAACGGCCACUUGGGAUUUCAAAGUGGUGAUUGAUGUCAUGGUGGAUAUUAUCCAAUCGAGUAGUCCUCCUGCCCAAGUUGUAGUUGGAAUGGACUUUCGGUAUGGGUUGGCGGGAGUUCGCAUGUUUCCGCAGUGGCUUCGACACUGCCUGACACUGGUAGCUUUGCCCUAUCUAGAGCCAGCAGCAAUGACGCCCUCCAAACCUUUGGAGGCAAAGAUAGAGUGA